AUGGCGAGCAAUGAUUUAAAGACGUGGGUUUCAGAUAAGCUGAUGGUGCUACUUGGCUAUUCCCAAGCAGCUGUCGUUAACUAUCUCAUUGCAAUGGCUAAAAAAUCAAAAUCACCAACUCAACUUGUGGGAGAGUUGGUGGAUUACGGUUUUACUUCUUCUGGUGAGACCCGUUCGUUUGCGGAAGAGAUUUUCGCCAGAGUUCCUCGUAAAGCUGCUGCUGUGAAUCUCUACCAACAACAUGAAGCAGAGGCAGCAAUGCUAGCGAGGAAGCAGCAAACAUAUGCGCUUUUAGAUGCUGAUGAUGAUGAAGACGAACCCGUUGUGGAGAAGAGAUCUACUGCGUCUGAAUCUAGGAAGUCAGAUAAAGGCAAGAAAAGGUUUAGAAAAAAAAGUGGGCAGUCAGAUAACAGUGAUGAGGAGGUUACUGUUAGAGAGGACAGUAGACACGUUAAAAGAAAAGUUUCUGAAGACGAGGAUGAUGGUUCUGAGUCAGAAGAGGAAAGAGUGCGUGACCAAAAGGAGAGAGAAGAACUGGAACAGCAUUUAAGAGAUCGUGAUACUGCACAGACUCGAAAGCUAACAGAGCAAAAGUUGUCAAAGAAAGAGCAAGAAGAGGCUGUUCGCAGAGCAAACGCUUUGGAGAAGGAUGAUUUGCAUUCCUUAAGGAAAGUCUCAAGACAAGAAUAUUUGAAGAAGAGGGAACAGAAGAAACUGGAAGAGCUGAGGGAUGAGAUAGAAGAUGAACAGUAUCUCUUUGCAGGUGAAAAACUCACAGAAACAGAGCUUCGUGAUUUUAGAUACAAGAAAGAGCUUUAUGACCUCGUGAAGAAAAAAACACAAGAUGAAGAUGACGUAGAGGAGUAUAGAAUUCCAGAUGCUUAUGAUGAUCAAGAGGGGGGUGUUGAUCAGGAGAAGAGAUUUGCUGUUGCUGUACAACGAUACAAGGACAAGGAUUCAACGGAGAAAAUGAAUCCAUUUGCAGAGCAAGAAGCUUGGGAGGACCAUCAGAUUGGAAAAGCAACAUUAAAAUUUGGUGCAAAGAAUAAGCAAGCCUCAGACGAUUAUCAGUUUGUGUUUGAGGACCAAAUAAAUUUCGUAAAGGAAUCUGUGAUGGCUGGUGAAAAUUAUGAAGAUGAUAUGCAUGCUAAAAAAUCUGAAGAUGCGGCAGAGAAAACAGCUUUAGAGGAACUUCAGGAGGUCAGAAAAAGUCUGCCAAUUUACAAUUAUCGUGAGCAACUGCUUAAGGCUGUGGAAGAGCAUCAGGUUCUUGUCAUUGUGGGAGAAACGGGUUCAGGAAAGACUACACAAAUACCACAAUAUCUCCAUGAAGCUGGUUACACAAAGCGUGGAAAGGUUGGUUGUACGCAGCCCCGAAGAGUUGCAGCUAUGAGUGUUGCUGCUCGUGUGGCUCAAGAGAUGGGUGUCAAACUCGGACAUGAGGUUGGCUAUUCCAUUCGAUUUGAGGAUUGUACGUCAGACAAAACAAUUCUGAAGUAUAUGACUGAUGGAAUGCUUUUGCGUGAGCUGCUUGGCGAACCAGAUCUGGCCAGUUACAGUGUCGUUAUUGUGGAUGAGGCCCAUGAGAGAACUUUGUCAACCGAUAUACUGUUUGGAUUAGUUAAGGAUAUAGCACGGUUUCGACCUGAUUUGAAGUUGUUGAUAUCAAGUGCAACAAUGGAUGCAGAAAAGUUUUCCGAUUAUUUUGAUUCAGCCCCGAUUUUCAGUUUCCCAGGAAGAAGGUAUCCAGUUGAAAUGAACUUUACGAGUGCACCUGAAGCUGAUUACAUGGACGCAGCAAUAGUUACUGUGCUUACCAUCCAUGUGAGGGAGCCGCUUGGAGAUAUAUUGGUCUUCCUCACUGGUCAGGAGGAAAUUGAAUCCGCAGAAGAGAUCUUGAAGCAGAGGAUCAGAGGUUUCGGUACAAAGAUACGUGAAUUAAUUAUAUGCCCGAUUUACGCAAAUCUUCCAAGCGAACUCCAAGCAAAGAUAUUUGAGCCAACUCCAGAAGGGGCACGGAAAGUAGUCCUAGCAACAAAUAUUGCUGAAACAUCGUUGACCAUUGAUGGUAUAAAGUAUGUUGUUGAUCCAGGCUUUAGCAAGAUGAAAUCAUACAACCCAAAAACAGGGAUGGAAUCUUUGCUUAUUACUCCCAUCUCUAAGGCUUCAGCAUCUCAACGAGCUGGCCGAGCUGGAAGAACAAGUGCAGGCAAGUGUUACCGUCUGUACACAGCGUUUAAUUACAACAAUGACUUAGAGGAAAACACAGUGCCAGAAGUACAGCGAACGAAUCUUGCAAGUGUUGUACUUGCUUUGAAGAGUCUUGGAAUCCAUGAUCUCAUAAACUUUGAUUUCAUGGAUCCUCCACCUGCUGAAGCACUCGUGAAGGCUUUAGAACUGCUUUUUGCUCUGGGUGCUCUAAAUAAGCUCGGGGAAUUGACUAAAGCUGGUAGAAGGAUGGCAGAGUUUCCCCUUGAUCCAAUGUUGUCGAAGAUGAUUGUUGUUUCUGACAAGUACAAGUGCUCCGAUGAGAUCAUAUCAAUUGCUGCUAUGUUGUCAAUUGGAGGCACUAUCUUCUACCGUCCCAAGGACAAACAGGUUCACGCAGACAAUGCAAGAAUGAAUUUCAACACUGGAAAUGUCGGUGACCACAUUGCUUUGUUAAAGGUUUACAGUUCAUGGAAGGAAACAAAUUAUUCUACUCAGUGGUGCUACGAGAACUACAUUCAGGUCAAGAGCAUGAAGAGAGCAAGAGAUAUCCGUGAUCAAUUGGAAGGACUUCUCGAGAGAGUAGAAAUAGAAAUCAGCUCAAACCUAAAUGAUAUGGAUGUGAUUAGGAAGUCCAUUGUAGCCGGUUUUUUCCCGCACACUGCAAAGCUGCAGAAGACUGGAUCAUAUCGAACUGUGAAGCAUCCCCAAACAGUGCACAUACAUCCCAAUUCAGGCUUAGCUCAGGUCGUGCCGAGAUGGGUUGUAUAUCACGAACUAGUGCUUACCUCUAAGGAAUAUAUGCGACAGGUAACGGAGUUGAAACCAGAGUGGUUGAUUGAGUUAGCUCCUCACUACUACCAGCUCAAAGACGUUGAAGAAGCUGCAACAAAGAUGCCCAAAGGAGCUGGAAAAGCUGCAAUAUAA